UUUGACUGCAGCAAGAGGCACAAUGGGUUACAUGGCUCCAGAAUUGUUCUACAAAAACAUAGGAGGUGUCUCAUACAAAGCUGAUGUGUAUAGUUUCGGAAUGUUGUUAAUGGAAAUGGGGGGCAGAAGGAAGAAUUUGAAUGCAAUUGCUGAUCGCCCAAGCCAAAUUUACUUCCCCUCAUGGGUUUAUGAUCGAUACAGCGAAGGAGAGGACAUUGAUUUGGGAGCUACCACUGAGGAGGAAAAGAAGAUGGUUAAGAAGAUGAUCAUAGUAGCGUUCUGGUGCAUACAACUGAAGCCUAUUGAUCGUCCUUCUAUGCACAGAGUGGUGGAGAUGCUGGAAGGAGAUGUUGCACUCCUGAAAAUGCCUCCAAAGCCUUUUCUAACUCCACAAGAGAUCCCAACUGAGAAUCAUGAAAUGAACAAAGAUGUUGUAGAGUUACCAUUGUUGUCAGGUAACUCUGUAGAUUCUCUCAGUGCGGAUAUUGAAGAUUGAGGUAAUGCAGGUAGCAAUGAGUGCAUCCAUAAAAUAAAUCAAGCCAACAAUCCUUAUCAGACUGAGAGAUUGUGAGCAAAAUUUCCCUUGUUUUGCUAUGGUAAACAUAAAUCUAGUCACUUCAUUUUAUAUUUUGCAAUGCCUCUUCAUGGCCACAUGACAUUUGAGUUUUAACAUUUGUGCAAGCUUGCUUAAUUGAAAUCUAAUAAACUAAAAUGAUUUCCCAUCUA